UUGGAGAAAGGCGGAGGGGCAAGGACAAGGAGUCCGGGAUCCCGAGAGGCAAGAGCGGGCAGUAGGGCGUCCGGGAGCCGGAGACCCGAGACCCAAAGACCAGGAGCCGAACAGGCGAGGGGCGAGAAGCGGGGACCUGGGCACCGGACGGUGUGUGGGUCGCGGGUCGGGGAGCUGGGCCUAGAGGAACAGAAACAGCCAUAAACUCUGACUGCAUGUGUUGUUUAAACGCCCCCGUCAGCAGGCUGCACGGUGAGAUAUCGUUGCAAGAUGUAAUGACGAGGAACAUCAUGAACAAUGGACUAUCCUUCCAGUCUUCUGACACUGGUCUGUCUGCAUUGUUAACCAGCACUGCCCACCGGAGUGGCCAUCAUUCCUAUGGCUCCCGCCAAUUUCCCGGCUCCGUUCUCUACCGAGGGAAAACUUACCAGUCAGCAUCUAAGGCUCUGGAAGCUUAUAUUGACAGUUUUGAAAAGAAGCUGACCUCCCCAAAGGAACAUGCAAACAAACUGCGUUUGGGAAGCAGCUCCAAACUGUUUUCUACUUCUGCACACAAUGGAAGAGAAGCUUUCACACAGCAGCAUUCCUUCAAAGAUUCGGAUUUUCCCGUUCGACCUUUGGGAAGGCAGAUGGGUACUGAUCCGGACCUCAUCAGUCUCACCACCGAUGAUCUUUUGCACCUUCCGGCGGAUGGCUCCCUACCUCUGACCCGAAGCUCCGUGCUGAAGUGCUUGUCAAAGGCCAACCAGCAUUGGGGAUCCCAUCCGAAACGCGACUCCUGGUACCCCUCUGUAAAGCCGUUUCCAGAAUAUUCUGAGACCCGACCUCGCAGGAAGGAUGAUGACUUUGCACAGUUUUCUGGGAGAGCUGGUGAUGGGCUAUCAAACUGGAAUGCUCGUCUCAAACCUUUCCAACUCGUAUGUCCCAAGAGAGGGCCAAGCAAGGGAGAUGAGUGCAAGGCCUCCUUCAUUCCAGGAGCCUCUUCUGUGGAAGAUUGUGGACUUAGAGACCGCAGGUUUAACACUCUGUCCAGGCAGAGUUAUCCAAGGUGGCUGACCAGCCAGAAAUCUGAGCUGGGCGUCUCUGGGAUAACUAGCGUGCCAGAGCUGAGGUAUCCCGGCUGGCUUCAGGACUGUGAUCUGGGCUCCGAUUUAAGUGGGCUAGAUCCUCUGAAUGGAAGGCUGUAUCCAUGGGGAAUUCCGUGCGGGACUAGGCUGGAAGAUCCCAAAUUACGCUCCAGUGCUGAUAAAGGAACGCCGGAGCACGAACAUUUCGCCCAUUAUUCACGCAGUGAGGACCAACCAUUUCAUGUCCAUACAGACCCAGGGACAUGUGCCUCUUGGCACAGGACACCAAGACACCAUGGUUGUACUGAAGAGUUGGAGGCUUCUUGCUGCGCUCAACCUUUCAGAGAGGACCACAUUGAUCUACUCAUCCAGAAGGCCGAACAUGUUCUUGAAGCACUUUCUCAGCAUGUGUCCAGUUUCCGGCCGAAUCACUGCAGUCCCGGGACUGAAGAGAUCCUGGAUGCUGAUCGAUCUUGGGACAACCCACCUGUUACCUUUAAAUCCCCAGUGCCCGUAGGCAACAGUGGAGAAGAUUGUUUUGAAGCUUCUAAUUUUGCUCAGGCCGAUGACGGUGGAAGUGACUACCUGACGACUAGCCAUCAGAGGAAUCAUCCUGGCUCGCUGGAGGUUUCUGGAAGAAAGCACCAUGGGCCAGUUGAAGCGCUCAAGCACAUGUUGUUCAGUUUGCAAACAGUGCAGCAGAGUCUGGAGAGUGAACACGCAGAAGAGCGUGAGGAGAUACCUGAAAACAUUACAUCUCAGACUCAAGACCUGGAUUUUGAAGAGGCUCCUGGCAGCAAGUCAUUGCAAAGGUGAUAGGAGGAAAACGUAAAGGGCAUGUCAGACAACGCACAUCAAAGUUGCUGGUGAACGCAGCAGGCCUGAAGCAUGUCAGAAGUAUGUUUUUUUACACAGAGAGUGGAGGGUGUGUACAACCUCUUGCCGGGUGUGGUGUUAGAGGAAGAUACAUCGGGGGCAUUUAAAAAACUCUUCGAUAGGCAAAUGGAUCAUAGGUUAUGUAGGAGGGAAAUGUUAGCUUGAUCUUAGAUUAGGUUAAGAAGUCAGUACAACAUUGCGGGCCGAAGGACCUGUACUGUGCUGUAAUGUUCCUUGUUCUGUGUUCUGUGGAAUUAGAAUGCUGGUUUUAUGCAACUCCUGGGUGUUGUUUAAAAACUCAUCGAAAACCUUUCAGGAAGAAAGGCUGUCAUCCUUAAUGGUACCUAGUACAAUACGGUGGGCUCUUGACUUUACAAUCUAUUUCGCAAUGAUUUUGCACUUUAUCGUCUCCCCGCAGUGCACUUUCUCAGAAACAGA